GGCACUUCCGGGUUUGGGCUACUGGCAACAUGUUAGUGGUAUUGCCCAACUCUAAGCUUCGGAAUUUUCCAGGAUUAAUGUAGCUGCGAAGAAGAUGUCCAAAGUUAUGACAGUUGAUAAGACAUAUCUGCGUUGGCUACCUCUUCUGUGUCUCCUCAUCCCUCCUGCCAAGGCUGCCGCUGUAUCAGUGAGCAUUGAUGGAGGUGAGGUGACGGUGCUGGCGGUGAUGUUGAUGUCAGUGGCUGUCACAGCUGGGCUGGUGGUGCUGCUGUUGAUGUGUACGGACUGCUACAAUUCAGAGGUAGACAGCAGGUCCCACCCUGCCUGUGGGGGUCAUCACACAGUGGGGGGGAACUACCCCACCUCUACCAGUCAAGUUAACGAGGCAGUCUUACAGUCGUCAAUCCGAAACAAUGGGUACCAUACAGGAACCUCGGACAAUUCCCCUCUUCCAUACUCGCUUUCUCCAAGUAAUGUUCCAACUAGUAGCGGUUUCCGUGGUUAUCAGAGUGACACUGUUCCAAGUUCUGCAGCACCAUUAUUGAACAGCAGCACAGGACCUGCUGGGGGCGGAGGUCAAGCAAUAGGAGGGACACACUUCAACCCCCUUGAGCCAGAGGAGCCACCACCAUCUUAUGGUGAAGCUGUGCGAUAUCACUGACAGACACCACAGAAAACAUUGACGUUCUGACACCAUCGUUUUUUUAAUAUGUGUGAACUACCAUCUUGAUGUUUUUGUCUGACAUCACUCCUGCAGAUGGUAAACAAUGCAAGUGAAAUGUGAAUAGAAAAUAGGGAAAGAAAAAAAUGAAAGACGUAUGGUGUUUAGGGACUAAAAUGAAUGACUAAGGUGAAGGUGAUCCAGGAUCCCUCGAUUCUACAAGGGUACAACCUCACCACCUUCCUAGAGUUGCUCGGCUGGCUAUUGUGUUCACAAUUAACUGGUGCCAUUUUCAUACAUUUCCCCAAUAACUGCUCCAUAGUUUAUGUUGUAACAUUAAAUCUGAUGUGUGUUUA